UAACGGUGCUGCCGGCGGCGGCGGUCGGCUCGAGGAAAACGCCACUCGGACAUUCGAUUCAGUUGGUUCGCUUGGUGUCCUGCGUGACGGUCGGUGUGCGUGCGGGGGAUAGCUUUGUGAUUGAAAUUGUUCUUCGAUUUCAAGUUAUUUUACGGAUUGUGUUUUACGUGGAUUUAUUUGGAAGUAGGGUUUUGUGGUUUUCCAAGGUUAGGAUAAAGGACGAAUCCAGUGUGGGGUUUAGAAUUGAGUAAGGAGUAAUACGAAAAUGCGAAUGCCUCGUUGGUCGGUGCAAUGAGUUCUGGUUGAACAGAAGAUUUCAGAUAUUCAUCAUACUACAGCGAAAUACUACCAUCCAUUCAAAUUAGAGAGAACACAAGUACCGUCGUUCGAGCGGUCCCAACUCUCCGCUGCGUGAGGUGUGGAUAGAACGAACAACACCCCCAAUCAUUCCACAAACGACCACGGAAGUGGUCGCAUUGCAGCAACUUAAGCACAUACACACACAUACGCAUCGACGCACAUACAGUUACCCUCACAAACUGAGCCAAACUUUGUCAAUUCUGGGAUGUUUCAUCGAUGAGAACCAGCAUCAGCAAGCACGUGUACAAACACUUCCUGGAAUCCAUUAGUAAGCAUCAAUAGUCAGAAAAACAUCGACGACGCAGUCGGUGUACACUCCAUUCGAAGCAGCUGCACAAUAUCCGGAUCAACCGGUCAAUAGCCACUUCGAACGAAACAGCAAUUGUAUGCCAAACGCCAGACGGUGAACCUUGGUCACGACACAUCAUCCUGCCGCCAACAUACGACAUGGUGGCACACUCCCUACAGCAGGAGGUGAAUCUGUCCCGCCGCGCCUGUAGGAUCUCCCAGAAGAAAGAAGAGGAAGAUGCCGAAGAAGUGGUAGAAGAACAACUGUUGAAUGGUGCUAAUCAAUCGCCUGCUAGUGAAGUAAUUGCAUUUCUCCUAGAGUCUGUGAGUAGUGAAAGUAGUAGCCGUUGCGUUGAUGAAGAUCCUUUGAGUUCACGAAGCUGUCGGAACGUCUGCAGGGAUUCCAGUGGUCAAGACGCCGACAGUGCGGGUAAAUCGGUAGUGCGGUUCAGUUGUGAUUUGGUUGCGCGAGUUUUCCUGUUAGUUAAGGCAAUAGUGAUGGGUGUUUGGCGGUUUAACCUGACGAGCAGCAGCAGCAGUAGUCAUGGUAAUCGGUUUAGUGCGAAUCUAGUGAAAUGGUGCACGUGGGCGAUUGUGUUGAGUGUCCUUUUGGCCAACCACGGUGGUUUUGUGUUAGCUAGGCCCAAAAAUGGUGUUGUGACGGCAGAUGGCACAGAUGCGGUUUCUGCGGCUUCCGGGCAGUGGGACCUGCUGACGCCGCAACCGGGUAUGCAUUUCGGUUCCCUGGGGCCGAGCGAAAGUCAAUUCAAGCGUUCCGCUGAGUUAGCGUCAUCUACUAUUGUAUCGUCAACAGUGUCAUCAGAUGGCGCUGGCGCUGGCGGUGGUGGUGGUGGUGGCCAUACCAGUGGAUCGCUCAGUGCCGUCAAGCAGGAUGACGAAACCCAUAAUGGGGAGCUCGGUGAGACCGGUCACGGCGAAGGCCACGAGGUGGAACGGUAUCCGGUCGCACAGGUGGAAUUUUCACGCGUCGAAACUCCGUUCGUGAUCGGCGUCUGGAUUCUGUCGGCCAGUAUUGCAAAGAUCGGUUUCCACAUGACACCGAAGCUGAGCAAAAUCUUCCCGGAGUCCUGCCUGCUGAUCGUGGUCGGCGUCAUCAUCGGCGUGCUGCUGCGGUAUGCCACCAACCUGCACGUGUCCCCGCUGACGCCGAACACGUUCUUCUUCUACAUGUUGCCACCCAUCAUCCUCGACGCGGGAUACUUUAUGCCAAAUCGGAUGUUUUUCGACAACAUCGGUACUAUCCUACUAAUGGCUGUGAUCGGUACAAUAUUUAAUAUUGCAACUAUCGGUGUGUCGCUGUGGGCGUGUGGACUGACCGGCAUUUUCGGAGUGGAUCUGCCAUUUUUGCACGUAUUCCUGUUCUCGUCGCUGAUUUCCGCCGUCGACCCGGUGGCGGUGCUGGCCGUGUUUGAGGAAAUUCACGUCAACGAAGUGCUGUACAUCGUCGUGUUUGGCGAAUCGUUACUAAACGAUGCUGUCACGGUUGUGAUGUAUCACAUGUUCGAGUCGUACAAUGAGAUUGGCGCCAACAACAUCGAGGUGGUAGAUAUCGUUUCGGGUGUUGCGUCGUUCUUUGUGGUUGCCCUCGGUGGCACCAUCAUCGGUGUAAUCUGGGGCUUCCUUACCGGGUUGGUGACACGGUUUACCGACCACGUACGAGUCAUCGAGCCCAUCUUCAUCUUUGUGAUGGCCUACCUGGCGUAUCUGAAUGCCGAAAUCUUCCACAUGAGCGGCAUCCUGGCCAUCACCUUCUGCGGCAUCACGAUGAAAAACUACGUCGAGCAGAACGUGUCGCACAAAUCGCACACCACCAUCAAGUACGCGCUAAAAAUGCUGUCCUCAUCGGCAGAAACCAUUAUCUUCAUGUUCCUGGGCGUGGCCACCGUCAACAAUCGGCACAUCUGGAAUACCUGGUUCGUCAUAUUGACAAUAGUAUUCUGUUCCGUUUUUAGAAUUAUAGGUGUAUUAAUACUAUCAGCGAUGGCAAAUCGUUUUAGGAUACAUAAAUUAUCUAAAGUAGAUCAAUUCGUUAUGUCUUACGGAGGCCUUCGAGGUGCUGUGGCAUUCGCUUUAGUGUUACUGGUUUCGACGGACCACAUUCCGCUGCAGCCGAUGUUUGUGACGACCACGAUUGCGGUCAUCUACUUUACAGUAUUCCUGCAAGGCAUCACCAUCAAACCACUAGUCAGAGUGCUGAACGUUAAGCGUGCCAGCAAGCGGAAACCGACGAUGAACGAGCGAAUUCACGAGCGGUUUAUGGAUCACAUGAUGGCGGGUAUCGAGGAUAUCGUCGGUAAAACGGGCAAUUACAACAUUAGGGAUAAGUUUAAGAGAUUCGACAAUAGGUUCAUUCGUCCAUACCUUAUUAAGAAUUUACAAGGUCCUGAACCAAAAAUUUUAGAAACCUAUUCUAAGCUUACGAUGCGCGACGCGAUGGACUACAUGCGCCGGAACCCGUCCACGAUCGGUCAGAUGUCCGGCACCGAAUCGAUGAGCGCCCUCUUCCGAAACUACACCGGCGUCUUCGGUGGAAGCCCAAGCUUUUCCAACUUGGAGAACUCUACACGCAACUUGGACAUGCAAGAGCUGGACUACAAUCCGUCUAAGAAGGAUUUGACUGACGCUCGAAUUCAUCACUUGCUGUCGGUGGAACUGAAACCGUACCGAAGGACACGAAGACUGAGCUACAGUCGCCAUGCCGUGGACGACCGGGACUUAUCUACUCAGGUGAACUACAAGAUGCAAAUGAACAUCCGAAGAAUGAUCAGUGAGAAGAAACAUAAGCGCAGCAAGCGUGGAAAGGACGGCAAACAGCAAAACCACGUGUCGUUCCCCGAGCUGCCGCAGAACGGAUCCGCCAAACAGUUUGCGAACGACUACAUCAACGAAGUUCUGCAUGAAGAUAAUGAGGAUGAGGACAAGCUGCCAACCGCUGCCGGCGACGACUGGGAUGGUGGUGGCCUGACGUUCACCGCUAAAUCGUCCCUGGACGAGAAGUCCGAACAACCAAAGACCGACAAACGCAUGUCGAAGGACCUACGGGAUCUGGAAGCGGAAAAUCGCGUCACAACGCCCACCGCUAUCGAAGCAGUGCUUCCCUGGAAACGUGUCGACGAAGACGACGAAAAUGGUGCUAUUAAACAGAACGAAUUCCCAUCGUGGGCUUCAAACAAGGAGUAUUUAGCUUAUAAUUCACCAAGUGCAACAUUUUUAGGUGGCCUAACACAACCUAAACAGGCCAAGUCUGUAAUAGGUCUUUUCCGGCGCGAGAGUUCCGGCUCGGGUGGAAUCGUCAUCGGCGGGGUAACGGAUUCCGAGACAUCGACCCCGGUGACGGCGACGACGCCGAUCGGCCGCGCCAAGAAGGAUAAACGAUCGGCGUCGAUCGCCGGCUACAUCACAUUCCCCGGUUCGAGCGACGCCGGCGACGAUCCGUUGGGCGUCUCGAGGGGGGCCGUCGUGUCCCACGCCAAUGCCUUCCCGGUUACGGCCAGCCACAGGCGCAACAAUCGACGAGGCUCACUGCUGGAGCUAAGCGGACUACUAGUGACCGGACGACGACCGAGCCGUUUCUCGUUGGAACCUUUCCCACCUCCUCCGCUCGAGGAUGAUGAAAAGGUCGUCGAGGAAUCGAAGCCCCAGAAAGAUUAGACCCGUCAUUCCUUUCCCUCACCCCGGGCCAUCCGGCGGAUCCUUGAAACGAGAUUUCGACCAACAACGACCUAUCCGUUUGAGAGACAAGUGCCAGCUUGUUACGACCUUGUAACCUGGUGGGAGCUGACGAUCCCAGCACCAAAGAGAACCAAAAAGGACGUUUAGCAUAUUAUUUGCUUGUGUAUGUGUGCGAAUCCGCCACGCGGCGGAAUGUUGUACUAAGAUUAAGGGUCAGCAUAGCUUAGAUAGAGUCAGUCAUACAAGUUAGGGCAAACAUUCCGAUCAUUGCAUGUUGAGGGGUUUACAGUCAGCAGUCAGGACGGACUUGAACUAUUGUGAACCGCAAUGGAAACCAUUACAAUUAUAAGUUUAUGUUAAAUUCUCCGUGUUAACAAAAGUCAAGUGCAUGAAUUGCUUAAUGGUAUUGUAAUUGGAAGUGGUAUUGAAAAAUUCCGUAACAGAAACUAAACGAUGCAUGCUCGUGUUGUAGAUAUUCGGUAAUGUACUUAUGAUUUUAAACGUGGUAUUAAAAAUGUAGAUCUAACGGUAGACUAGAUUUGGAAGGACGAUUUCUAAUAUUCGAUUACUAACAUCAAGUAUAUAGCAUACACUACAGUCUCUAGCAUUUAGUUGCGUUAAGUAUAGCUAAUUGAAGCACUUUCCCCCUGUUGAGAACAUUCCAGUAAAGAGACUAUUUUACCUUAAAUACCCAUAAUGCGCCACUAACUGAGUUAACAGAUUACUAUAUAUCGCUUAUAUAUUUCUCCGAAACAGGUACAGCACUCCCAACAAUGUCGAUUUUACUAUUGUCUCCCAUCGUCGCUUGUCGAUGAAAUGCUGGUACAUUUAGCUAACUUUUCUAGCCAUUUAGCACGUUUCUUCCACUAUUAGUUUACUAUCGACUAGAACAUUACAUGGUGCAACAAAAUCGAAUGACUUGUAAAUAUGUGGACCAAAUUGUGUGGCAUUCAUUUCAUUUCAAUCCAUCAUACAGGAGAGGCAAAUAUGUCAAAUUCUUUUUAUAAUUCGUUCAGAGAUUCGUUCAGUAAAGUCUUUAGACAUUUAUUCAGAAAUUUCUUGAAAGAUUCCUUUAACCCUUCAGGACGCGCGUCGUUCACCCCCAAAAAACCAUGCUCGUUGUACACAACGCGAACGCGGUGCAGUUUUAGGUUCAAAUAUGUGCGCGUCCUGAAUGGUUAAUAAUACUUUCGGUGAUGCCUUCAGAAACUUUUCCAGAGUUUUUUUUUUCAGAAUAAUUCCUUCAAAAAUAUGUACUAGGGUUACGUUACGAAAUUAUUCCAAAAAUUUCAUCAGAAAUUCCCACAGCAACUUCCUAUUUCAUCAGAUACUCCUAAUGCAUUUCUCCAGAAGUUUCACAAAGAGUUGUGUUAGAGAGUUGUGAAUGAGUUUCAGCAGAAACUCCUCCAAGGAUUUCUUCAGAAAACUCUUCAAAGAUUUACCCUAUUUUUUCGGGACUUUUUGAUUUUUCCCGAGAAAUCCUUCGGAAAUUUCUUCAAGCAAACGAUCUUCCAAGGAUUUAUUCCAAAACCUACUCCGGGGUUUGCUUUAGAAAUUGCUCCAAGGGUUCUUUUUUUUUUCAAAAACUAAAUAUCUGUCUUAAAUUCUUACAGGGAUUUCUUAAAAAGUUCCUGCAGUGAAUCUUUUAAAAAAAAAUGUGAAAUCCAUUCGAGAAUUUUCUGCAGAGAUUCCUAUAGAAGCUGCCCUAACCACUAUUUUUUGAGGAAUUCUUAAGGAAAAUCUCCCAUGGCUUUUAUUAUUCGAUUAGUCGUUUCCUCAGAAAUAUAUCCACAUUUUCCUCCAGAGAUUUUCUUAUUUUUUUUUUGCAAAUUUCUCCAAGGAUUACUUAAAAAGAAGUCCACAGAUUUUUCGAUACUUCUUUCAUGAACCCUUGGUAAAUUCCAUCCUAGGAUUCAUUUAAAAUGUCUUCCUCAAGUUCCUGAAAAAAACUCCCAGGGAUUCUUAAAGAAAAUCUUUCAGGGACUCUUAUACAAGCCUCGUAGUUUACUUGUAAAAAUCAUCAAGGAAAUUUCAUAGAAAUUCAGUCAAAAAUUCUUUUGAAAAAUCCGCUAGGUGUUCGUUAUACGUUAGAAUGUUCUUCAGAAAUUUCUUCAAGAAUUCCUCAAGAAAGCCUAGUACGGAUAGCUUCCAAAAAUGUUGUAUGGAUUCCUUUAGAGAAUACUUUUCUUUCAUAACAUUUCACAUAGGUUGUUCCAGAAAUUCAUCUACGAGUUUCUUUAAAAAAGUUUCAUAGAGAUUCUUCCAGAAAAUUUCUCAAAGAUACUCCGUGGAAUUUCUCAAAUUUCUCAAAGAUACUUCAUGGAACUCCGAGAAAAAUAUUGGGAGGAAAUCCACGAUAAAUUCUGAAAAAGAUACCUAAAACCAAGCAGAACCAUUCUGUUAUUAUUAAAAAAGUUAUUUCCUCUGUGGAGCCACCAUGAAAGCCUCUGUCCGAAACAGUGUUUCUUAAAACUUGAGAUUUCGUAAAUAUUACAUUUACUUUACAAUUUUUCAAAGUUUGUUGAGAAUUGAAAUUCAAGAUUCCAUUUACAUGAAAAAAUAGACCUUCUAAUUUGAGCCACAAAAUAUUGGGAUUUAGAGGUUACGUAAAACGGGGUAACAUUGAUCGACUUGACCGACCUCAUGAAAUGUUCAAACAAGCAUUCUAUAUUGAAUCAGUUUCUGCUAUCGAAUGAUAUAUCGUUACCUGCUUUUUUAGCUAAUAAAUGAUAUGUAAUUCAUGAAAAUUAAAUUUCAUAAACAUUAAAAUAAAUCGCUUUUUCCAUAACUGUGUUUCGUAAUGCAAUGAGAUACAUUUUCAAACAUUCAUGCCUGGCAUAAAUACUCGAUACAAUAUAAGGUUCGAAAUCACUGUAUAACUUCAAUAUGAUAUCCUUGUGUUGGAUUUAAUAAACGAAACUUUUAUGAAAAUGCUAUUUUUCAAUCAAAUAUACGAUUUAUUACAAGUAAACUAUCAGUUCCUUAAGAUAUUGCCCAACUUUAGGCGUUAUUCGCGGUUAGGAGGAUUUUAAUCCAAAAAUAACUCAAAUAGUACAUAACUUGUAAGAAUUUGGACCACAUAUUCGAUAUCAGCGACCCCGAAUUUAGUAAGUAAGGGUAUUUUCAACACAAACGAACAUUGAUCACUGACAUAAUUAAUGUUACCCCAAAUCGACAAAAUCAAAAAUUAGAUUAAAAAGCCUAUUUUAACAGGUUUUAAAGUUCUACAAUACUUUUUCGAGAAGCUUAACGCAUACUCAGAGGGCCAGUACUCAUUUAAAAAAUAUAAAACGUGUAACGUUUGCUUUAACAAGAGAAUUAUUCAAGAAAGAUUAAAAAUUCUGAACAAUGUUACCCCGGAUUACGGUAUCGCAAAUGUCCCAAUGAUGAAUGAAAAAGAUAAAUUACUUUCAUUGUCAUAGUUUUUUUUUUUUUCAAUUUCCAAUCGAUUUUCAACCUUUAUACUUUUUUUCUAAAUGAUUCACGGAUACAUUAAGAAUCAGAACUUCUGAUCUCCUUCAAUUUUUUAAGAAGCUUUCUAAAGAUUUUUUUUGUAAGAGAUUAUGAUGGAAAUUCCCAAGACGUCUUCAUAUUACUUUAGAUAUUCUUUCCAGACGUUUCUCUUUCAAAAAUUGUUCCAAUGAUUUCUUAAGUUAGUCUUAAAAACCCUUCAAGGAUUCCUUCGGAAAUUGUACUACAAAUUCUUUCAGAAAUACUUAUGUAUAAUGAUUUUUGCGGAAAGGGUGAAAAAUAUCUCUGCCGACAUUCACAAGCGAUUUCGUCUGAAAUUCCACGGGUAUUCCUUUAAGUAUUUUGUUAGAAAUUCUUUAGAUUAUGUAUUCCACCAGGGAUUUCCAGGUGUUUGCUCAGGUAUUCCUCUUGGAAUUUCUUCAAAAAAUCUAUCUAUGUAUUUUUAACAUAUUCCAGUUUUUUUUUCUGAAACUCUUUCAAGAAUUCAAUUGGAUUUUUCUUUAGAUUUUGUUUUAAUUCCUUCUGAAGUUUCUUCAGCGUUGCUUCUGGAAAUAUCUUAAGAGACUUCUUCAAUAGUUCUAGAAUUACUGCAGAAAUUUCAGCCAAGAUUUCUUCAAACGAAGAUCCAUGGAUUCUUUCAGAAGUUGUUCCAACAGUUCCUUC